GGGAGCCGAGAGCGGCUCAGGCCCCAGGCCGGCCGCGAGGCUGCGGGAGGUGAGCGCGGGGACCACGGCCCACCGACCGCACGUGGGGUCCGUGGCCGGAGCCUAACCAGGGCAGCGAGCUGCUGGAGGGAGACUCACGGCAUUCCCCAUGGGAUUCAGCUAAGACCCAGAGUUUCAUGACCUGAUACGAAACGCAGCUAGAGUACAGUUCAGAAUUGCUUGGCAUUCAAAGGACCAGGAAGAUCUCAAAAUGCAUGGAAAAAGGAAAUCAGGGGAUGCUGCCACCAAGAUGACACAGAUGUGGGGAUGGCCUGACAGAGACUUCGCAGCAGCUCCAGUCAUGAAAGCGUUGCAGCUACGUAAAUGAGAAAAAAAGCAUCAAUUCUACAGUCUCGUCCAGAAAAUAAAAGACGGAGUACUUCCCAACUCCUUUUAUGAGGCCAACGUUACCAUGACAGUAAGGCACUGCUCUGAGGGAGAGAAAAAGUUGUGUAUUUUCCGAGCGUUCUGGGUAUUGGGAAGGAAAGCAAACAUGUCCUUGGAUGACAUUAAGAUGAACUCCGCUGACUUCCUGGAGCAGGAGGACCUGGACAGUGGGGGCUUCGGAAAGGUGUCUCUGUGUUUACACAGGUCCCACGGACUGGUGAUCCUGAAGAAGGUGUACACGGGCCCCAAGCGCACCGAGUACAACGAGGCGCUCCUGGAGGAGGGCAGGAUGAUGCGCCGGCUGCGGCACAGCCGCGUGGUGAAGCUGCUGGGCGUCAUCAUGGAGGACGGGAACUACUCGCUGGUGAUGGAGUACAUGGAGAAGGGCAACCUCAUGCACGUGCUCAAGGCCCAGAUCAGCAUCCCUCUCUCUGUGAAAGGAAGGAUAAUUAUGGAGACCAUUGAAGGAAUGUGCUACUUACACGGAGAAGGUGUAAUACACAAGGACCUCAAGCCAGAAAAUAUCCUCGUUGAUGGCAACUUUCACAUUAAGAUAGCUGAUCUCGGCGUGGCUUCCUUUAAGACGUGGAGCAAGCUGACGAAAGAGGAGCGCCGCGAGCACAGGGAAGUGGACAGCGCCGCGAAGAAGAAGAACGGCGGCACCCUCCACUACAUGGCUCCCGAGCACCUGAACGACGUCAACUCGCGGCCCUCGGAGAAGUCGGACGUGUUCAGCUUCGCCAUCGUGCUCUGGGCCAUCUUUGCCAACAAGGAGCCGUACGAGAAUGCUAUCUGUGAGCAGCAGCUGAUAGUGUGCAUCAGGUCUGGGAACAGGCCGGACGUGGAGGACAUCAUCGAGCACUGCCCGCGGGAGGUCAUCGCCAUCAUGGAGCAGUGCUGGGCGGUGAACCCAGAAGACCGGCCGACGUUCGCUGACAUUGAAGAAAAAUUUAGGCCUUUCUAUUCAAAUCAAUUAGAAGAACACGUAGAGGAGGAUGUGAAGAGUUUAAAGAAAGAGUAUCCGGACCAGAGUGAAGUCGUGAAGAGGAUGCUGUCCCUCCAAAUUGACUGCGUAGCAGUAUCUCCAAGCAGGUCAAAUUCAGCCACAGAACAGCCCGGUUCGCUGCAUAGUUCACAGGGCUUCGGGAUGGGUCCUGUGGAGGACUCCUGGUUUGCUCCUGCCCCAGAGUACCAGCAGGAGGAGGACGACCUCCGCCUGCUCGGGAAACUCGAGGAGGAGGCCCACUACCACCUGUAUGGCAGCCGCAUGGACAGGCAGAGAGAAGAGCAGCCCAGGCCAAACGUGGCUUACAGCAGAGAGGAGGAGAGGAGGCGGAGGGUCUCCCAUGACCCUUUUGCAAAGCAGACACCUUAUGAGAACGCUCAGAACCCAGGGCUAAAAGGCCUCACUUACUCCGGCGCGACCAAUUGCAGUAACGCAGCACAGCAACCGACAGGGCUGACCAGCCAGCCCCAGGUACUGUACUGGAGCAACGGAUCAUGUAGGCCAUUCACUUUUGGAGCAAGACCACUGGAUCUGGGCGCCGCAGGUCCAGGAGUUUGGUAUGGGCGAAAUCCAGGCCACAGGCCAAGCCUGUAUAAAACUCCAGUGCCUGAGACCAACCUGCUGGGAAACACACCCACCAUUCCAUUCAGCUCCUUGCCAUCAAGAGAUGAGUCUAUGAAAUAUACCAUAUACAACAGUUCUGGCAUUCAGAUUGGAGACAAUAAUUAUAUGGACAUUGGAGGAAUGGGUUCAUCAUUAGUGGACAGCAUGUACGUGAACUUGAAAGAAGAGCCAGCUUCUAAGUACCAAGAUAUCUUCGAUAAUUCCACGAGUGUGACCGAUAAACACCUGGACCCGGUGCGGGAAAAUCUGGGAAAGCACUGGAAAAAGUGUGCCCGCAAGCUGGGCUUCUCUGAAUCUCAGAUUGAUGAAAUUGACCAUGACUACGAGCGAGAUGGACUAAGGGAGAAGGUCUACCAGAUGCUCCAGAAGUGGCUGAUGCGGGAAGGCAGCAAGGGGGCCACCGUGGGGAAGCUGGCCUUCGCGCUCUACCAGUGCUCCAGGAAGGACCUGCUCAACUGCUUGAUCCGCCUCAGCCAGAGCUAAGCCCGUGGGAAGCCCACUGCCUCGGACCGCUCGGAAUCCUUUCCUCCUGACGUGGGUUCUGUGUGUGCGAAAAGAUCACUUCCUGCCUCUCACAGCGCGAGGAUGGGAAACGGAACCUGCAGCAAACAGCCCACUAUCCAGGGAGACCUAUUCAGGGCCAAGGCCCAAUCAGAAAAGCCUAAUUGGGUUUUGAAAGGAAGAGAGAUUUGAGGAAAAUCGUUUUCUUUCAGAUUGGUCCAUAACCUUCGGUGAUGCUGUUCAUUCAGUUUCUUGGAGUUUUGUGGGAGCAAAGGAAAAAAGAAAUUCAGAGAAUCUAAACUAAAUCAGCUAUCUAAUUCUGCAGUGUCUCCUCCACAUGGGCUCCUGUUACAACCAAAGUCCCAUAAAAUGCUAAGUUCUCACCAAAUGGGAUUUCUUUGUAUCACAGUUCAUUCCAAAAUUGUCGAGUCUGUUUUAACUUCGGGAUCAAAUUCUGUACGAGUCACUACAGACUUUAAGAAUCAUAUGCAGUCUUCACUGUGUGAAUUAACGGAAAGGAACUCAAGGAGGACGAAGAAGGGGGUAAAACAGGGGACAGGGGACACAGGUGGCAGACUUGCCCAGGCUGUCGUUGCACGGAACUGCCACUAACGGUGACCGACGCGUACAAAGGUUCUUUCCAAGCAUUCUGACACUUUAUGUAUGUUUCCAACCUGCAUGCCCUGAAGAGGGAGCAGGUGCGCAGGGAAUAGCCGUCUCUUCAGCCCUGGCUGCGGCGGGAGCCCCAGGGCAGGUUACUGUUGAGCAGCUUCCUCAGUUUCCCCCAGGGUACUGUGGAAAUUUUUUUUUUUUUUUCUGUGAGCUAGGCCGAAAAAGGACACCUGCAGAGUCUGCUAGUUGUGCCUUUAGCACGCAACCUUUCCGAGCCCGCCUGAGAUCAAGAACGAGUGAAGGAACUCGAGGGCUGGAAGACGGGCGUGGCCACGUCGCCCGGCAUUGCUGGCAGCACUUUGCUGGACGGAGGGGGUGUGCCCCUGUGCUCAGCCCUCCCUGGAGGCAGGCAGGCAGGCAGGCAGGCAGACAAGGGUGCAGUGCGGUCCGCUGGCUGCCAGAACGGAUUCUAGUGUUUGGUGGGUCAAUAACAGUAUCGUUGGUUCUGAUUCUAAAUCUCCUCCAGUCCCAGCAGACACACACACAACCACUGACGUGGUGCGGCCAAGCAAAACUUCUCAACCUUGGCAUCAUUGGCGUCUCGGGCCGGAUGAUUCUUUGUCGUGGGGGCAUCCUGUGCACUGUAGGGUGUUUGGAAGCAACCCUGGCCUCUCCCCACGAGAUGCCAGUAGUGCUGUUCUCCCCCUCCUCCCAUCCCUAGUUGUGGCAAACAGAACUCUCUCUGGAUAUUGCCAGAUGUUCCCUGGAGGGGCAAACCUGCCCUAGCUGAAGACAGCACUGCUAUAAAGCAGUGAACCUGUUUUCUUCCCCACUCAUGUCCAGGCUCGCUGCUGAGCUGCCACACAGUGUUGGGUCACAUGGCCCAAAAGGAAAACUGGAGGGAAACAGCCCCAGGCUUGCUGCGGGGGCUGGAUGGUUUCUUUCCUCAGUGCAUCCCUUGUACCUCUCUUCUGAAUUCUCUAAAUUCCAAAGAGGUCGCAUGAUCCAUGUUCAGAGGCAAAAAGGUGUUUUUAAUGGACUUUUUAAUACAAAAUUUUGUGCCUGAAAUAUAAGCCACUGAAAUGAUGUAUUUGUAUAAAUGAAACAGUCUGAGAUUCUCCACUGUGACUGUACCACGUGGGUUGGCAUUUCUUUUUCACCCCUGCUACUGGCAGGAGAGGGGAAGGUGGUGAUAAAAGAGGAGCUUCUGGACAUUGCAUUUUGGCUUUCAGGAUGAAACUCCCACUGCCCCGUGAGCCUGCAGCACUGCUGUCCUUCAGAGCUGGCUCAGAGGCCCUUCCUUCAGCCCCUACUCUCUAAAAACUUGGCUGAAAAGGGCCAAAUUUAUAUCUGAAGAGUUUCAAUACAUGGUGCAAGCACCACAGAAACACUAGUCUUGGGCAGAAACCAGCUAAAUGAGACAACACAGACUACAACACGAGAAUCCAUUCUUGGCUCCGAGAAAGGUAUUCAGACCCUAAGGUUGAUGCUUGUAAGUAAGACCCACUUCCAGGCCCCACAUCCUGUUCAGCAGUGUCUCCACUUGUUGCUACGGUGAUGACCUUUGCUUUGGGUCCAUAAUAUGAAGUUAGAUCUUCAGCAACAAGAAAAGGAGUUAUUUCUCACAAAACAUUUUAAGCAGUAUUUUGAUGUACAUUUUAAUGUGUUUAUUUUAAAAAGUUUUUCUAAUUACAACAAUCAUUAAAUAAAAAUAGGUCUUUA